AUGUCAAGAGCACUGGACCCGGAGACAAGCGUGUCAGUGCAAGAUUCUCUACCAGUAGAAAUCUACGACCAAAUCGUCGCUGUAUUAUGUACACCACGCGACUUACCCUUGGAAAUAGAGCUUCUGGGAAAAGCGCAUCCCAUACCUUCAGGCGAAACUUAUCUACUUGAGGAAAACUACCUCGCUAUUCCAAAGGCCAAGCUCGUUCAAGCAUUUGUUGUCGCCCGCCAGAUAUUCUCAAAGCUGUUUCGGAAGUGCUCAGAAGAGAAGAGAGGUCAAUUGCGGGAUGCUACUGCAGUAAUGCUGUUGAUGGAUCCGGAACAUCUUACCGCAGCGAAUUUCAGGAAGUCUUACAUCCUGUACCAUGAGAAGGGUGAGAGGUUUGGUGAGGUUUUGAGUAGGGAGUUGCAAUUCGUGGACACCUACCUUACAGCUCGGUUGCAUAGACACACCAAAUCACCAAACUUAUGGAGUCAUCGACGAUGGCUAGUACAGCAAUACCGACGUGCAAAAUUUGAGGUUGAUGUGAAAGGCCACUUUGAAAAAAUCGUUCUCAUAGCGGCAGAGAGACAUCCCAGUAAUUAUUACGCUUGGUCACAUAUGCGCUGGCUCGUCGAUAAGUUCGCUUCAACACAAGUGUUUAAGCUUGGGUUAUUACCUGUCGUUCAAGAUUGGUGCUUGAGACAUCCAAGUGAUACUUCUGGAUUCUCAUUCCUGUUGUAUUGUCUCGACAUUCCCAGGAAGCCCGAGAUAGGUAAUCAAGAUGUAGUCGAGGUCUAUAAAGAGAUACUGAAUAUAGCUCUGUCCUUCAAAUGGGCUCAUGAGUCUGUAUGGGUGUUUCUCAGAACCGUAGCAGCUUCGGUAGCUGAUACUGAUGGUUCCGGGUUAUCAUUUGAAGAGGCGAUUGACACUGCUCUACAAGCCUUUGUUCAUGAUAAAAAAACACAACUUACGCUCAACUCAUCUAUGAAAUGGUAUACCGAGAAUCGUCAAACCGUAUCUUCUUGA